AUGGAGCAUAAUGAGCAUUUUAUGGUGCCAUCCAACGUGCCCGCGGUUAUACCCUCUGAAAUAAUCACAUCGACCAACAUCAUUGAAGAAGGCCUUAGAAUUUGUCCAUUGUGCUCAUCGGAAAUUCGAUUUUUUUUUAUAAAUUUUAAUGAAAAAAUGUUAAUGUGUGAGAACACAGAGUGUGACUUUCCAUUUGGAUAUGAAAACUUGCAGUUUCUAAGAGUUGAUAAUGAUGAAGAAAUAAGUGAUAUGCAGUCGGUAAGAACUAAGCCUACAUCCCCAAGAUCACCUCCUUCAAACUCUAUUGUAUCCGCAGGUGCUUGGUCAGAAAUAGAUAAAAUAAAUAAAGUUUAUGAUUCAGAAGAAAUUCAAUUAGCAGAAACUCGCCAAUUCACAUCUUUAACUGGAAAAGCUAAACUAAAUAGAAAAUUAUCAUUUACUAAAGAUAGUGAAAUCAAAAUAAAGAAAAAUGUUGAAGACAUCAAAGGUUUGAAUAUGGAAUUACAGGAAAUAACAGCUUCUUCAAGUAUUUUAAGUAAUGAAAAGUGGAUUAAUAAUUUAAAAAAUCUCCAAGAUACAUCUGGCAUUCAACUUUUAAGACCUCAGGAGUUGAGAAGAGUGCAACAAGAGACGAAAGAAGUCAAAAUAAACAUAAAUACUGAUUUAGGGAAUAACAUGUCUUCAAUAAAAAUUCAAAUUGCUAAUACU